GCGGCGGCGGCGGCGGCGGCGGCUGCUGCUGCUGUUGUUGAGGUUGACCAGUGGACGCCUGGGAGACAGGUCUUGAGGCAUCGCUGGCGUAGAAGAAUUUGUUGUCUUGGUCGCCUUGAGCCUGGCCCCUGUUUCCGUCCACCAUGGAACCAUUUAAUGGCGUCCUACUCCCAGUGUGCUCCCAUCCGUCCAAGCCCUUGUCUGGGUUGGGCGUUCCGCUCGGCGUGGAAUUGGCGCUCUCGACGCGGCCCUGCCUGGUUCCUGUACGCGGUGUGAUGUUCGCCAAUCCCAGCACUGGGCCAUCUUGUGUUCUUCGCCCGGAUGGGAGAGGCGAGGUAGCAGUAUGGGGCUGUUGUGAAUACGGGUACUGUGCUCCAACACUGGAGGAGGGCUUCGGUGUUGUUGUGGCUACUUUCGGGGUGACGACUGGGCGAUUGGCGGCUCGGGCAGCGGUAGCACUGAGCUGCGGCUGCCGAGGCCUGUUGUCCGACAUGGCGCGCGACAGCCUCGUCGUGCUUGUUGUGAUUGUAGUGGCGGUGUUGGCGGUGUUGUUAUUGUUGUUGUUGCUGGUCUUGGGGGUAGUCAAGGAUGGGGCAUUUUGGUUGUUGUCCCGGGUGCGGAGCGCUUGACGUGACGAUCGGUGAAAGGGCGGUGGCUUUAGGUAUUCGCUCGGCCGUGGUUUACGAGUCGGCUUGGUCGCUGUCGGGUCUGCACAAUUGCCGGGUGUGUUGGUGGAGGACCUUUCGAGAGAUCGCAUCCUCGAUGGCCGUGGUGGUGGUGCCAGUCGGUGGUGGUGGUGUUUGUGGUUUCAGAGGUCACGCUGCUGCCCGCCCCAAUUCCAGUCCUCUAGUCGUUGUGGCUCGGCGCUGGAAAUUAGGGGUAUCAAAGCUUGAACGCUGGAUGUCCACCGCAGCAUGAAUGAGUGUCAUUGAGGAGAGCGAGGACUCUAAAAAAGGCUUAAGAAUGCUCAGAAUGUUCAAAAGUACCGCAUACAGCAUCUGCCCUCACUCUCACAGGCCAUAAAUGCACAGCAGAUGCGUUUGCCAUGCAGUUCACGUUUUGUUUACAUUGACAGCAAGCGAGAUGGGGAC